GAAACCAUAAACAAGUUUAAUGAAAAAUAAUUAAAACAACUGGAGCGUGAAGUGAAAUUUGAAGAAAACUGCGUCAAAGGAAUAUUUGUAGAGAAGACUUCGAGGAAAUGGCUUCGUUUAGGACACUGGUUGUACUCAUGAUGUACUUUAGUAUAAGCUUGACAUCACCCGCAGAACACUCUGGGAUCCUAUCCCGCUUGUACAAGCAAGCUGCCAAGCAAAACCGACCUCUAAUCAUAGUCCUUGACAACUCUGCCCAUGGAAAGGCCAAAGAUGUGAAGCAUAAGACCAGCAUGGAAGUUGAGAAACCGGUGCCUCUACCGUUUAUGUACAUGUAUCAGCCCGACCAGCACGAAAAGAAAUCACAACUAGCUAAACUCCCAAUCUCCAAACUACUGGAAAAAGAAGACAAAGCAGAAAAGAGUUCAAUCAAAAAACUACCUAAACAUCAUCAACUUAAAAACGCCGAUGACAAACGAUACCUCCGAUCACCGGUUAUUAAAAGUCUUCUGCGAAUCUCCAACAGUCUUCGAUGCGAAGCGAAAGACGAGUGCGAAGAUAAAUGUAACAACAGAUACACUGGGAGGCAAAGGGAUGAGUGCGAAGACGAAUGCGAAAUUAAAUACUCGUGCGAAGAAUCUGAAGAAGACCCUUGUGAGGAGAAAGACGAAUGCGAAGAGAGCCAUGAUAGUUGCGAACAGCAUGACAUAAGCACCCGAGGGGAGCGGCUGAUCACCGUCACGCCCAAAUGUAAGAGAUGUUGAAUAAAUGUCUGAAGAAGUU